CUUCACUCCGAACUUCCCGGCGGGAGCCUCGUCCACCAAUCACAAGCGUCCUUCCGCAAGCCCCGCCCUCUCCCGCCCCGCCCCCCCGACGCACGCGGCGCGCUGACGCCAGCGGCGAGCCGGGCCGUUGGGCAGCGAAGGCCCCGCCCUGGCCGCCCGGUGCGCGGCCCCGGCGGCUCGACCUCCCUCCCCCUCCGCCCCCGAUGAGGUUUUUCAGGCGGCGGCCGCGGUCCCCGGCGCUGGUGCUGCUGCUCCUGCGGCCGCUGCUCGCUUCCUCCGGAGCCUCGGUGCCCGGCUCGCAGCCCCGAGCCAUGAACGCGGGCGGCGGCGCGCGGGGCUACUGCCCCCGCUUGCAGCGCUCCACCGUGCCGGGCUCCGACCCGCAGCGCUGCAACGAGCUGCUGCUGCUGGCGGCCGGGGACGAGGCGGCCCUGGAGCCGCGGCACCACGUCCUCUACUUCCCGGGGGAUGUGCAGAAUUACCAUGAGGUCAUGACUCGUCAUCCGGAGAAUUAUCAGUGGGAAAAUUGGAGUCUAGAAAAUACCGCCGCCAUCCUGGCCCGCCGUUUUCCCAACAGCUUCAUCUGGGUGGUCAAGUGCUCGCGGAUGCACCUGCACAAAUUCAGUUGCUAUGACAACUUCGUGAAAAGCAACAUGUUUGGCGCACCUGAGCACGACCCGGACUUCGGAGCCUUUAAGCACCUGUAUAUGUUAUUAGUUAACGCUUUCAGCUUAACUCGGAAUGGCUCGCUGUCCAAGACGAGGAGUAUUUGGAAUAAGGACUGUAAAGCAGCUAACUGUGAGUCUAAUCCUUCUACCUCUCGUAAUGGUGGCCAGGAGGAGAACGAGAGGACCCGUGGGAAUGCUGACGAGGCCGCUGUGAGUUUUGCUCCGCUGUCGCUGAAUGGCGCCUCCUUCACUUUGGUUGGAUUCAGUAAAGGCUGCGUAGUUUUGAAUCAGUUGCUGUUUGAGUUGAAGGAGGCCAAGAAAGACAAGAACAUAGACACUUUCAUCAGAAGUAUAAGAACAAUGUAUUGGCUGGAUGGUGGCCAUUCUGGGGGGAGUGACACUUGGGUCACAUAUCCCGAAGUCUUGAAGGAACUUGCUCAAACCGGGAUUACUGUCCACACCCAUGUGACACCUUAUCAGGUACAGGAUCCAAUGAGAUCCUGGAUUGGCAAGGAGCACAGGAAAUUUGUUCAGAUCCUUGGGGAUCUGGGCGUGCAGGUGACUAGCCAAAUUCAUUUCGCAAAGGAAACUCCCUCCAUAGAGAAUCACUUCAGGGUUCAUGAAGUGUUCUGAGACCUAGCGUGCUUCCUCAGCGGGAAAACUGCGUCCUUUGUCAUGAUUACAGGUGACACAAUGUCAGGGUAGUUAGAUGCAUUGUCAGCGUGUGGGCUAAGAAGAUGAACAUUCCAGAACUCUUGAGUGUCUUACACGGUAAGGACUCCUUGCUUGUACAUGUGGGCAGCUUUAACUUUGGAUUGGAUCAGAAUUAAUUUGAAAUCCAGAAGGGUCGUGUGUGAUAAUUCUAUGUCCUUUGAAAACGGAAGAAACUUGGUGUUAGUCUUUUUAAAAGGCAACAGUGUUUACGUUGAGAACAGCCAAUCUUUUGAGACCUCUUCUCUACUAACGUUGGUAAUAACAGCAGUUCAGCCGUUGAUCAGAUGUUUCAUUCUUUCUCUUUCCAAGGGUCCUGGGGAAGACUUGCACCCUACAUCCUUCCUCCCAGGAAAGUUUUGUGAGCCCCUGAACUCAUUCUCAGUUCUCCCAAGUGUUCGGGUUUUUUGUUUUUGUUUUUUAAAGUUAAAAUAUAUUUAUUCCCGCAUAUCCCAGAUCAUAGAGUUGUACAGUUGGUUUUUAAAACAUAACAGACUAAGCACUGUAACUUAAUUCUUAAUUGACAGAUUUUAAUUAUGUUAGUUUGCUGUCACAAGGAGACAGAUUCUACAGACCUAAAUCAGUGUUUCUUCAGAAGCAUGGUUUUGUCUGCCAAGAGAAAAUAGCUUUCUUUGGCCAAAUGUAAAAUUACAUUGAGAUAAGAAAGGUUACAAAGGAAAGUUUGAAGACACAAAUAAUUUAAAUUUUGGCCCAGAAACUGAAUUUGCUUAACACUGCUACAUAAUUUGGGUGAAGUUUCCUUCUGCCCAUUUUUCUUUACUAGAUAAAUGCAUUUUGGAAAAAAAAAAUCUAACGAAUUUCAAGCAGUACUGGAACAAAGCUGUGUGGCUAUUGAAAGUGGCACUUUUUAUUUAUGAAUAAAUUUGGUUAUUCCAUGACCUCUAAAGUGUUAACAAAUAGGGAAAUAACAUGCUGCUUUGGGAUCGACAAGAAAAUGUAUCCUAAAGCGCAGUGUUAGUCUGCAACAUGUUAAUUUCUCGAUCUCUUCCAGAAUUACAUUUAAAUCACUCUCUCUUCCCAGUAUUCACUCAGGCCAGAUGUUUGGGAUGAAUGUAGUUCUGUCGACGGCAGAUGAGUGUCUACGCUUUCUCAGUAGUUGUCUUUUGUUUCACUGUGAAUGUCUUUUGAGACUAGCUCUUCCCACAGUUGACUAAGUCACCUGGUUCUACCGUCUCGCGCAUUUCCUUAACUUAGAGCCCUGCGAUCGGAUGACUACAUUCAACUUGUUUAAGCAUCGUCAAAGGUACCACUCAAUGUAGAACAGCUGAAUUCGAACGGGUCAUAUGGAGGGAAGGCUUGUCUCGGUCCUUCAGUCUCCACUCGUGGGAGUGUUCCAUUGUUGCGGUGAAGUGGACAUUGAUCCGAGGGACACCUAAAACUGCCAUGGCCUCUGGAGACAGUGUUGAGUAGUACGCAUGCUUCGCAGUGGAAAUGGUUGUUUGUCCCCACACGGGCAUUUCUGUGUAAAACUACAGAUUCGUCCUCUUCCACAUCGGUUUUAACUCUGUAUGCGUUAAAUCUGUUACUGUAAAUGUGGGUCCUACUUGACUGUGCCUUUGUAAAGUCACCGAGAGAAGCGGUCCUAGAAAUGUGAACUUUGUUCCCACCACAGCAUGGAUGUAAACCUGUAUUAAAAAUAGUAACCCACGGAAA